UUUACCAAUAUCAUCGUUAGUUUACCCACAUACCACUCAAUCAAAUUAAUUAAUUUAAAACUCCAAUUAAAACAACUUGUAGUUCCUUGUUUCCACAACAUAUAAAAUAAAAAAUAGCAGCAAUAUAAUUUUAUAAAUGAAAAGGUGGAAAGAAGUUGAUGGGAGUAAGCCAUAACCAUAAGCAUGAAAUACAAAGAAAUCUCCCACCACCACACUCUCAAAGUCGGAUACGCAGAGGCGCCGUUCAAAUGCGACGGCUGCAAGGAGGUGGGCAUCGGCUCGUCCUACAAGUGCGGCGGCGCAGCCUGCGACUUCGACCUCCACAGUCACUGCGCCGUUCCUUCUCCCACCCUCCUCCACCCCUUCUACCCAAAGUGCUCGUUCCAGUUCCUCAGCCGCCCGCCGGGGACGGAGGCGCGUUGCUGCAACGCGUGCGAGAGGCGAGUAACGGGGUUCGUUUAUCACUGCAAGCUGUGUGGCUUCGACCUCCACCCUUGCUGCGCUAAGCUGCCGAUGAUGCACCACGAUGCAGACAUCAAAUUGUUUUUGUACGCUAAAGUUACCGCCCCCUGCCACAGUGGAAGAUUGCAAGUGAUUCAGAUGUGGGAGGAAGGGGAGGAGCUGGAGCUACAGAUCCUCAUGCAACAAGUACAACCUCCACGUGGCGUGCGUGAUGGACAUGUUGGUGGACAGCUGGCACGACUUGUACCAUGGAGAUGGGAGUGGGGUUGGGCGGCGAAUCCCCAGCCUCAAAGCCACGCUCGAAACUCAUGUCAAUCACACCAAAACCAAAGGCGGUAAAGCUCAAAAAUGUUGCGAGAUGGCGGCCCUGGCGCUACAGUUUGUGGUGUCCGCUGUCCUAGGAGAUCCCACCGCCCUCAUCGCCGGCCUCGUCGCUUCCCUCAUCUCCAAAUAGUCCAAAUUCAUUCUAUUCCAUCCAUGCCUAUUACUAUUUCCAUUUAUGUACAUAUAUGAAUUACAAUACAAGAUAUAUAUAUAUAUAUAUAUAUAUUGUUCUAAUA